AUGAACAAUACCGAGGGAUAUGAAUCACCGAUGGAACAGAUUAUACAUCAACAACAAACGCCGAUACAAAACCGGAAUCAAGGUGUAAACAGGACCACUAAUAAGCGUCCUAGAAGUUAUAUGUCACCAUCUUUUCAACAGCAAACAGAUAAAAAUAAAAAAACAGAUUCUGUUCAGCAACAUAUGACUCAUCGGGCAGUUAACUUGAAAAUAAUAUUUCCACCGAUCGUUGUUAAAUUUAAAGGAGACCAACAAGCUUCGUUUAAAGAUAUUACAGAUGAUGUAAUAUCAAAAUGGAAAAAGUCACCAUGGUGUUGA